AUUUUGUUAUGAAAUGAAAUCAAAAUCAACGCCAUUUUCGAUUUUCGUUUCACGGGUAAUAGCAUUGUGUUAGUGAUUGUGUGAAUUUAUUUGAUCAAUACAACUUAGUUUAACGAUCGUGAGCGUGGUAAAUUUCUUUACAAAUGGAUGAGGAAGUGGCUGACGCUCAGUCUGAACUGCAGAAAUGUAUAUCCGACGGGCCGAUGGACACCGAUGAAGGUCCUCUCAUAAAUGAGAAUUCCAACGGUCUAUCUCACUUGUUGACGGAGGGGGAGUUCAACAGCGUGGACGCGGUCGGCGUGGACGAGUCGUCGGCGUCCAACCAGGCCUUCCUGAACGCCGUGGAGCUGUCCGCCGGCAGCGUCGGCGACUACCUCGAGAACAACGCCGAGGGGUUCAACACAGACUCAUUUGAUGUUGGAGACAACGCCAAUCAGUACCCUAGUGACUCUAUGAAUAAUUUGCUGUCUGACGCGGACUCUCGACCGAGUGAAAUGGGGGAAAACGGGGACAAGCUCGCAGCAGGAGACACAGACAGCAAUGCUGCUAGCAAGAGACCUUCUAUUGAUACUGACGGAGAUCUGUCUGAGAGUCAACCAGCUAAAAUGGAGACUGACAAUGAGCCUGAAAGUGAGGUCUCAAAUGAUGUGAGUAACUUCGCUAACAUAGGAUAUACCACUACAGAGGGUUUUGAACAAGAGGUGAAGGAUGUGGAAGAGAAAAUUAAAUCUGACAAAGAAGAAUCACAAGUAAAGAUAACAAUAAAGAAAGAAGUUGAUUCCAAAGAAGAGGAAAAAGAAUCACCUGUCACAAAAACAGAAGCUGUAGCAGUCAAAUCUGAAGUUAAAAAAGAAAUAAAAUCAGAGGUGGGUGGAGCUGAAGAAACAGAAGUGGUUUCUGAGGACGAGCUGCCGGCAGUGCAGAAGCCGAGUGUCAAGGAUGCAGAAAAUGUGUCUGAUGAUGAACUGCCUGGACCCAAACCUGCUGACCUGCCAGCUGAUACUGAGGUAGUGUCAGAAGAUGAGCUGCCCUCAGCCAAGAAGGAGGGGAAGGAGUCCCGCAAACGAGUCAAGCCAGAAGGCAGCGAGGAGAAGGGAGACUACGACCCCCAGUCACCCACCUCGGAGAGCGAGUCCGCCAGCAAGAAGCUUGCUGUAGCUAAGAAUGGCGAAAGCAAGCCGAUCCCAGCUGAGAAGAGGUCCUCAACAGACGAGAAGCCAAAGAAGAAAGUGUUGCCGGAACUGGACAAGUACUGGAAGGUGGUGAACGACGACCCCACCGACUUCACCGGCUGGACCUACCUGCUGCAGUACGUCGACCAAGAGAGCGACGUGGACGCGGCGCGCGAGGCGUAUGACGCCUUCUUGUCCCACUAUCCGUACUGUUACGGCUACUGGCGCAAGUACGCCGACUACGAAAAAAGAAAAGGAAGUAAAAAGAAGUGUCUCGACGUGUUGGAAAGAGGGCUGAAAGCCAUCCCACUGUCAGUGGACCUGUGGAUUCAUUACCUGAACCAUGUAAAAGCGACGCGCGGCGAGGACCACGCGUACAUCCGCUCGCAGUACGAACGCGCCAUCGAGGCGUGCGGUCUGGAGUUCCGCUCGGACCGGCUGUGGGAGGCGUACGUGAAGUGGCAGGCGGAGGCGGGCGACGCGCUCGCCGUCACGCACAUCUACGACCGCCUGCUGGCCACGCCCACGCUCGGCUACACCACGCACUUCGACAAUUUCCAAGAGCACGUGAUGUCGGAGUCGGUGAAGAACAUCGUCAGCAAGGAGGAGCUGGUGCGGCUGAGGGGCGAGGUGCGCGGCGCGGGGGGCGGGGGCGGGCCCGCGCUGGACCUGCCGCCGGGGGAGGACGAGCCGCCAGACCACGUGGCAUCCGACGAAGAGGCGCAGGCGAUCAAGGAGCGCAUCAUCGCGGCGCGGCGCAAGGUGCACAAGGCGACGAGCGAGGAGGUCGCCGCGCGCUGGACCUUCGAGGAGGGGAUAAAGCGCCCCUACUUCCACGUGAAGCCCCUAGAGCGGUGCCAGCUCAAGAACUGGAAGGCGUAUCUGGAGUGGGAGAAGCAGCACGGGUCGCUCAAGCGCGCGCUCGUGCUGCACGAGCGGUGUCUGAUAGCAUGUGCGCUGUAUGACGAGUUUUGGAUGCGGCUAAUAAAAUUCCUCGAGGAGCGUUCGGAAACCAACCCCGAGCUCGUCGCUCUAGAACGUUCCGUGCUAGAACGAGCCUGCACAGUGCACCACCCGGACAAGCCGGAGCUGGCGCUGCACUGGGCGCACUUCGAGGAGGCGCGCGGGCACGACGCGCGAGCUGCCGAGAUACUGGAGAGGGCCGAGAAGCAGCAGCCGAGUCUUGUGCAGAUACAGUACCGACGCGUGAACCUGGAGCGGCGGCGCGGCGACUACGACAAAUGUGUCCAGCUUUACGAGCAGUACAUCGCGGCCGCCAAGAGCAAGUCCAUCGCUUCAGCGCUCGCGAUCAAAUACGCGCGGUUCCUGUACCACGUGCGGGCGGACGCGCCGGGAGCGAGGAAGGUGCUGGAUGACGCGAUAGCGAAGGAUCCGCUGAAUGAGAGGCUGCACUUGCAGCGGUUGGAUCUGGCGCUGCACACGCCUAAUACUCCGUUUAGUGAGCUUGAAGAGCUAGUCCAGUCCUACGAGAAGCAAGAGGGCGCGGACGCGGAGGCGAGCGCGCGGUUCGCGUGGCGGCGGCGCGAGCUGGCGGAGGAGCUGGGCGGCGCGGCGGCGGCGCGCGCGGCGGCGCUGCACCAGCGGGCCUUAGCCAAGCAUCUGAGGAAGCGGGCCAGGAAGGAGAAGCAUGACGCGCCUGCGCCUGCUGCGCCCACCGACGUGAAGAAGAAGGAAUCCUCCACGACCAACAACUCGGCCGCGGCGGCACCUACAGGCGGCUACUACCAGCCGCCGGCCGCGCCUCCUCAAUACGACCAGAACUACGCGCAGGGCUACCAGCCGCCGCCGUGGGGGUACCAGCAGCCGCCCGGGCCCUACCAGCACCCGCACCCGGGCUGGCCGCAGUACCCCAACUACUACUAGCGACCACCGCGCCUCGCGGCCCGCGCCCCGAGGUUCCAUCCUCCGAGAUAGACGAACGUUUGUUUAGUGAUGUAACAACUUGUGACGGAGUGUAAAUGGAAAAGGUUGAUUUGUCGGUCGGACAAAAAUUAUGAUAACUAGCGGGAGAUGUU